UGCUCCUGAGACUCGAGUUCAUCUGAGCAAUGCACAGUGGGGCCGUGCGCCUCCUCCUCGCCCGUGGGAUGAUUCAUGGAGGCUGCAGAGUGAGCCUCCUGCGCCUCCCGGUGCGCAAUCGCCAUCUUCGGCCGGGACUACCGGUGGGAGCUUAGACAGACCGGCUCGGAAGUGCGGCCCCUCCCCGGCUAAAAGAGAACGGAGAAGGGAGGGGAAAGAAGCCAUCCCUGGGGUGGAGACACAAACGCAGCCCCCCUCCCCGCGUGUCCAAAGCGCCUUGGCCAGAAGGCCCCCUCUCCACCCCGAGCAACUCCCCACCCGGCCCGAUCCUGGACGAGCGCGGAGCAGAGGGGCGGCGAGAGGAGUCUAAGCAUGCGCUUGCAUGCCCCACCCCCGCCCAGCCCGGGCAGGCGGCGGCGGCGAAGAGCGCGAGCGGCAGGCGACGGCAGAAGGAGCGGCAGCAGCGAAGCGCCCGCUUGCAGACCGGAGCUCUCGCAGAACCAUGAGCCAGAGGACCACCCCGGGCGCUGCUUCCCCAUUGGUCCUUGGGUGGGAUCCCCCCACUUCCCUGAUGCACCCUUGAUGGCCCCGGCCCACUUGUAGGAUGCAUCUCUUCCCCUCCUUCUUCCUGGUACGUCAUCCUCACCUGGCCUCGCCAGAUGGCCACUCCUCCCUCCGCCAUGGAUGAUGAGCAGACCUUGAACAGGAAUGCCGUGGCUUGGCUGGUUUGCUCGGGGCUCUCUGUCCUGGCCAACGGCUGGGGGAUCCUCAGUGUGAGCGCCAAGCAGAAGAAAUGGAAGCCCCUGGAGUUCCUCAUCUGCACGCUGGCCGGGACACACAUCCUUAACAUUGCCAUUCCCAUCACCAUGUACUCGGUCGUCCAGCUCCGCCGCCAAAACUCUGACUAUCAGUGGAGCGAGGGCCUCUGCAAAGUCUUCGUCUCCACCUUCUACACCUUGACGCUGGUCACCUGCUUCUCGGUCACCUCCCUCUCCUACCACCGGAUGUGGAUGGUCCGCUGGCCAGUGAACUACAGGUUAAGCAACACCAAGAAGCAAGCGGUCCACACCGUCAUGGGUAUCUGGAUGGUGUCCUUCAUCCUCUCCACGCUGCCGGCCGUGGGCUGGCACGACACCACAGAGCGCUUCUACGCCACGGACUGCCGCUUCAUCGUCACCGAGAUCGGCCUGGGCUUUGGCGUCUGCUUCCUGCUCCUGAUCAGCGGCAGCGUGGUCAUGGGCGUGGUCUGCGUGGCCAUCGCCCUCUUCCAAACUUUCUCCAUCCAGGCGGGCAACAACAUCGACAAGAACAAAUUCAACGUCCCCACCAUCGUGGUGGAGGAUGCCCAAGGCAAGAGGCGCUCGUCCAUUGAUGGCUCCGAACCCAUUAAGACUUCUUUGCAGAUCACCUACCUGAUCGCGGGGAUCGUUUUCAUCUACGACUUCCUCAUGGGCUUUCCUAUACUGGUGAUAAGCUUUGCCAGCUUGAAGUCGGACGUGGCCUACAACUGGAUGAUCCUCUGUGUCCUCUGGUGCUCAGUCGUCCAGUCCCUCCUGCUCCCGCUUUUCCUCUGGGGUUGUGACCGGUACCGAGCCGAUAUCAAGUCCGUCUGGGAGAAGUGUGUGGCCGUCAUGGCCAAUGACGAUGUGGGGGAAGAAAACAGCCUGGACGGAGUGAUCCAUACAGACCUGAUGUACGAGCGGCCCUACGAUUACAACUUUGCUGGGGACGCCCUGACCUUGGACCACAUUGCCAAAUAUGACCUCUCGGCCCUGGAGAGGGGCCUCCCCCAAGCCUACACUACAAAGCCUCCCCCAGAGGACAAGAUGCAGUAUCUGCAGGUCCCCCCCACCCGGCGCUUCUCCCACGACGAAACGGACAUUUGGACGACGAGCCAGAUCUCAGCCUACCUCCAGCACUGGGGGGCCAGCGGGGACAUGGCCGCCAGCCUGGCCCAGCUCCUCCUCCCACGGGGGCACGGCUACGAGCGCCGGAGGAGCAGCAGCAGCCUCCUGUCCUAUCAAGAGGAAGGGCAGCACCCACACCGCAGGCGUCGGAAGUCCGCUGAGAGCACCUUGUCCCUCAGGCCCUUCCCUCCGGAAGACUACUACAAGGGCGGUGGCGGCGGCAGCGGGGGGCCUGGAGACUACAGGUUCUUCAGCAAGGAGGAAGGGGUGAACUACUUCAUCGACACUAGCCCCUUGCCGAGCCCCAGGAAAGGCCCUCUGCGCUCUGCGUCCGUCUCCCUCAUCCCAGACACGUUCCGCCACUGCUCGGCCACCCUCGCCAACUUCCCCUUGACCACUUUCGAGCGGGAACCUCAGGGCUUGCGGCGCCUCUCGGCCCAAGGCCGGGGGUGCUCCCUGGCGGUCCCAGGGCCUUUCCUGGCUCAGGAGGAUGCCAAGAACUUCUUCCCUAAAGGCAGCGCUGACGCCCCGUGCCUGGAGCAGAUCCGCAUCCAGCUGUACGAGGCUCCCGAGGAACGCCCAGCCAGCAGCUGCUGCUCCGAGCCGGAGGGCUUCCGGACAGGCCUCAGCCCCUCCUGGGGGGGCCAGGAGGAGCUCCGGAAGGGCGGAAGCAAGGGCAGCACCAGCAGCUUCCUGAGCACGCCCUCAGCCUCCUCCGGGUACGCCACAUACCACUCGGAUUCCAUGGGUUCAAGCUCCUAGAAGCAUAAAGCACCGGAAGCCACUGGCGGGUCCUGUUCAGUUUUCUCUCUUUCUCUCGGGAAAAGUCUCCUCUUCUUCAGAGUCCAGGUUUUUGUUGUUUAUUUAAAGAGGACUGGGCACAGCACCAAAGAAACCAAAACUCCAGCCUCUCUUGCGUGUUUUGCAAAAAAGCAGGAGGAUGGAGGAGAAGGAGGAGGGCGGCAAGGACGAUUUGAGGACCUGGGAGCUGCAGUGGAGCAGCUUAGAGACCCAUGUCCCUCUUGGCUGAACCAGACCUCGCCAGCAGGAGGGCGGUGGGGUGCACUUCCCCUCUUCCUUCCUUCCUUCCAGCUGCAGCGGCUAGCUGGGCCCGAUCAGGAAUUUUCCAUUUUUUUAAUAAUCCCGUGUCCCGCACCUGGUACUUUCUAAGACAAUGUAAAGUUAUGCAUGAGUUUUCUGUAUCAAAUGACCCCACGAUGCGUCCCCUGGAUGAGGCUGUUGGCGAAAGCUUCGGGCUUGCAGGCGGGUGGGGUGGGGUGGUGGGGUGUUACCGAAUUUCUCAGAGGGGGCUGUUGGCAGGGUGGCAAAGCAGUCUGUGUUUCCCCCAUCAGUCCUGGUUCGCGGGACAAGAGCUGUGUGUUUGUGUUCCAUUUGUCCAUGAUACCACUGCACAAGCAAAGGGUUUGAGGCAGGUGCAAAGCUCCGUGCUGAUAUGCCCCAUCCCCUGAGCCGUAGGGUGUUGCAGGAUGAGCCCCCUGUGGAAUCUAGCCAGGCAGCUGAUAGGCAAGGAGAGAGAAGAAACUGUUGGUUAAAUGGGCUGCUGGGACUUGGGAGUCCAGCAAUAUUUGGCUGGAAUAAGGGUUUUGUCUAUGUUGGCAUUUGGGGCUUCCCCCCCCCCUCUGUUCCUGGGACUCAGGCAGCAGCUUCUGACACACACACUUGGCCCACAGGGUGGAUAUUUCGCCGCCACCACCACCUUUCCAGUGUCAAAGCCCUGCCACCCACAAUGGCUUGAUUGGCUGCCUCUGUCUGAUCUGAAGCAACAGAUUGCAGGUAGAAACUCUGCUUUAUGAUUCUAGGAUCAUCUAGUCCAACCCCCUGCAAUGGGCAUUUCUCCAGGGGUGAAAAAGCACGACAGGCACAGGAUUAGGGGCCAAAGCUGUAACCCAUCCUCCUGUUCUCUCCUGAGCCCCAGGAACACCCAGUGAUAUUUUUUUAAAAGACAAAAUCAUGGCAUCGCUGCAGUGCCCCUGCUGUGUGGCCUGGAGCACCACUUGCAUGCAUCAUUCAAAUUGUAGUGUUGCAGCUGGGGCUACGGUUUUCAGCCUGCUUGAUUGGACAAUGAUGGGAGGGGAUCGUCACCUUUCUGGUUUUUCUGUAUGUAGGGUGGCAUGUCUUUGGUACUGGUGGGGAGGGAAUCCUUUCUAGCCAUUGGGCUGGAUCCUUAUCUCCCCAUCCCUGAUGGGCCAAAUUUGACUGGUGGAAGCGGCUGCCCACCUGCAAAUCACCUGACUACGCCACUGUGCUUUGAAGGCCCAGUUGGUUGUCGGGACUUCAAAGCGCAGCACGGGGCUGUUUGAAAGCCCCUUUGUAAACAGCCCCAUGCUGCUCUUUGAACCUGAAAAUCAGCUGGUGGGAAGUGGAAGUUCAGCUGGCCCCAGCAGCAAAAAUUAAUCACCAAGAGUUCCCUCACAGUUAUUUAUUUGAAAGCACAUUAUGUGAUGGCAGGGUGGGGAGACUGGGCCUCUCUUUCAGGCUGCUUUGAACCCCUGGCCACUGUCACUUUUUCCAGUUAAGCAUGGGGCAAGUGAAUGUUAUGACCAAUAGGGUCAGCACAAAGUUUCCUGCUUGAGUUCCGUCUCGCGUGCACGACUGUGUGUGUGAUGUUGUCUUGGUAGCAGGGGAGACGAAAAGGUUUGCUUUAGGGAAAUAGAUGCCCGGGAAAGGAAUGAGGGCAAGUGGAGAAGGGAGGGGAGGGAGGGAGUUAGUAUUUGUAGAGUCCUCAACAUUUUGGCUUUCAGUUGCACUGUCAAACAGUCUCCUCCCUCUGGGGCAGGAGGUUCUCCCAAUGGAGUCACGAGAGAAGCUUCCCUGAGCUAAGAUAGAACCAGAUUCGGUGCUUGUUUACGUUCAGCUAAUGUCUGGAUUUGCCACCAUUUCAAGUCUAAUCUAGUGCAACCCCCUGUGGUGCAGGAUCCGCAGCUAGAGAGAAUCCAUGACAGGUGGCCAUCCAACCGCUGCUUAGAAACCUCCAAGGAAGGAGAGUCCACCACCUUCUGAGGUUGUCCAUUCCGCUGUCAAACAGCUCUUGCCGUCAGACCGUUCUUCAUCAGAAUCUCCUUUCUCGUCCUUUGAAGGAGCGUCUCCAACCCCAUUCUUCAGCCCGGACACUGAAGUCCAGCUCCGAAGGCCUUCUGCCGGUUCCCUCACUGCGAAAAGUGAAGCUACAGGGAACCAGGUGGAGGCCCUUCUCGGUAGUGGCACCCACCCUGUGGAAUGCCCUCCCAUCAGAUGUCAAGGAAAUAAACAACUACAUUGGUACCUCUACUUACGAAUAACUCUACUUACGAAUGUUUCUACUUACAAAUGGAGCUCCAUCCGCCAUCUUGGAUGUGGUUUAGAUAGAAUUUUUUCUACUUAUGAAUUUUUAGAUAGUGUUGCUUCUACUUACGAAUUUUUUCUCCCAAUGCAUUCGUAUGGGAUUCGACUUACAAUUUUUUUGACUUACAAAUGUGCGUUCGGAACGCAUUAAAUUCGUAAGUAGAGGUACCACUGUAUCUGACUUUUAGAAGACAUCUGAAGGCAGCCCUGGUUUAGGGAGGUUUUUAAUGUUUGAAGUUUUAUCGCUUUAUUAUUAUUGUUAAUAAUAAUCUGUUGGUAGCCACCCAGAGUGGCUGGGGAAACCCAGCCAGAUGGGUGGGGUAUAAAUUAUUAUUAUUAUUAUUAUUAUUAUUAUUAUUAUUAUUAUUACCACCCCAUGGUGCGGGCCCUACUCCCUGGAGCAGCAGAAAUGGGAUCUGUGCCUUUUAGCUGCCGAAGAGCAGGCAGAAAUAUGAGAUGUUCCUUUUCCUCCAUCUUCAAAACUUAUUUGCACACAGCUUUUGAAAUCAACCUGCAUUGUCCAUGGCUGUUUUCAUCCCUUCACUGGGCAGAUCUACACCUAGGACACUGCUUUGCGCUGAGACCAAACUGGUUCAUCUCACUCAGUACAUUGUCCACACUGAGUGGCAGCAAUGGUUCUUCCAGGGUUUCAGGCAUAGGGGACAUUCUCUGCAUACUCCCCACUUGGAGAUGCUGCCAGGAUUGGACCUGGGACCUUCUGCAAGCAGAGCAGAAUGAGAUGAUAGAGUCCAGUGGUGGAGAGCAGGCUGUACCACUUUGUGAUGCUGGAAAUUGAUAAUUUCUUUGAGCGUCCCCCCACAUCCGAGGCAGAUGCUGCCUUGAUAACAGAGCUGCAAUCCUGUGCUGUGGAUGAAUGUUCUCAUUUCGCUGAAACAUGUUGGGUGUUCCUUAUUUUUUUCCUGUUGGAUUUUUGAUUAUUUAAGAAAGAACAUACACUUCAACAACAUGCAAGGAGUGAAGAAAUAAAGAAAGACGAUGCGACGAAAUUGAAAUGAAACAUAACACACAAAAUGCAAAUUUGCAUCCUUUCGGUCACAAUCCCUGAAAAGAAUUACUGUAUUGGUAUUGGGGGUGGGGGUAGCAAUGCAGUUCCUAUUACAUACUGUAUAACAAUACAAAUGUUUGAGAGAUACAGGAAGGAACAACGGCUUGCCUGUUUGCCAUCAUAUGGUCCACAACUUGAAAAAGAAAACGAUGCACAGUUGAUGCAUUGGUUCAAGUGCCCCAAUCUGUUUUAGGAUGGCCACCUGUCUUGGGUGCCACAUCUGGAGACAGCUUUCCAAAAUGUAGGUUGGCAUCAUUCAUAAUUUAUUCCCUAUAAGAAUAAAUAUGGGGCCUUUGGGAGGAUGAGUAUUUUCCUCAUAGUUCGAGGAAGGGGUUGUUAUGCACGCCUAUAUUUGUAGUGUGGGGGAUGUGGAGGAUUCAAAAACAUCUGGUGGGGUGGUAGUAGUUGCGCUUUGAAAUGUGUACUGUUUUCAUCAUUGUAGAAGAUUUAUUCCCCUCACCCCAUCGUUAUGAAAUCCACAGAGGGGGUGGGGGAUCAGGGCAGGACAUCUCAAAAGGCAGGUUCCAGGGCCCAGAAGUGCUUUUCUUCCUUUUAUUAGAAAACAACAGCAGCGCCGAAAAAGCAUGCUUCUAGUCCUCAUGCUUACGGAUGCUAACUCGCGUCUGAACCGGUGCAGCAGCAGCAGCGCCUGUGUCAAAAAAGGGUAGCUCAGAGGAGUUGCGAUGGUCCCUUACUUCAUCUCGAGUGCAGUUUGUUCUCGCACAUGCCACGGGAUGGGGUGUCUCCCCCCCCCCCAUUGUGUGUUCGCAAGGGGAAGAAGGACACCAGUUGCUGAGAAGAGAUCAGUCAGUUUGGGUUGUGGCUUCCAGAAAGGGGCUCUUUCGCUGCGUCCACCAUUGAAUGUCCAAAGGAGGGACUGUUCCAUCUCGGGGGGGGGGGGGAGUCCUGAGGAGCAGUAAUCAUUUGAAGGCUAACUGUGGAGGUUGCACCUUUGGAACAAAACUGCCUCCCCCCACAGGGAAAUAGAUGUUGGCCAGGAAACCAGCCACGGCUCUCUGUGGUGUGACCAACAAACUUCUUGGUCGCUGUGGCGUGACCAACAGACUUCUGGGGCGCUGUUUUUAUUAUUAUUAUUAUUAUUCCAACCACUUGAUAUUCCACCUCCCCACAAAUAUAUUAUGGAUGUUGUGCCUUUUAAGGGUUUGACAAUAACGAUGCUGGUACUAUCUGAUGAAUAUUGAUAGUCCAGUUGAUGAGCCUAUUGGAUUUCUUUUUUGCAAAAAGCAGUCAGGUAAGGGGUGGGGUGGGCAAGAUGAGAUGCUUAACCCUUUUGUCGUACUGUAUCUUUUUAACUCUUUGUAGUGUCACAAGGCAAUACUUUUCCAAACCUGUUGGGAGGGUCACCGUAUCUCAGAAAUCAGACCCCACGUUUUUACUGACCUUUUGAGAAAUAAUACUUUUUUUAAAGAAGAAAAAACCCACCACCUUGGCACCCUUAAUAAAGAAUACUAUAAUGGCUGCUAAAAUUCAUAGACCCAGCCAGGCAAUACCUUUCUACUGCUAGAAGACCACAGGGUGGGGGGUGGGGAGUGUUUAUUCCAGCGUUGAGGCUUCUCUCGGCCUGCUCCGAAAAAGACUCCCAUUUCUGUUUUGUGUUCUGUCCCUUUCUCUUGGUGACGUUCCACGCUGUGCAAAGACAAACUUUCUGAUUUGUGUCUGGAUUUGUCUCGAAACCAGAUUUAAAAAAAAAAAAAGUUUUAUUCAUCGGUUUUUCCAAACUGUUUGUAGUUUGCUCUUUUUUCCCAAACACUUUUGAGGGUUCCUUUCUCUUAAAUUAAAAAUGAAAACAAAAAACCGUCUGUUAUUUUCUUUGUCUCUAAACCUCAUUGGCCUUCUUUUUAGUUAC